AUGACGAUCGUCGCAACUGCCAUUUCUCGCAUCACAGACGAGUUCAAGUCACUAGAUCAGUAUGCAAGUGUCUUCUUCCUGACCUUUGCUUUAUUCCAGUCCACAUGGGGUAAGGGGUAUAAAUACUUUCCUCCCAAAAGUACUUUCUUGGGCGCGGUCUCCAUCUUCAAGAUCGGCUCUUUGGUCUAUGCCGUGGCCAAAAACAGUACCACUCUCAUCGUCGGCAGAGCUGUGGCGGGGAUGGUAGGAGGAGGCAUUGCGAGUGGCGCCUACACAAUCAUUGCCUUUUCGGCCCCUCCAAGGCAGCGCCCAGCGUUUACCGGCUUAAUGAGGGCCACGUACGGAUUGGCCAGUGUCAUAGGGCCCCUUUUAGGAGGUGUGUUCACUGACAAGGCUUCGUGGCGUUGGUGUUUCUACAUUAACCUUCCUAUCGGAGGCUCGAGUGCCGUGAUCAUGCUUUUCCUCUUCAGGGCACCGCCGGCGGCCCAACCUGCGAAAGCCCGCCGGCGAGAGAAGAUCCUGCAAAUGGAUUUGAUGGGCACGUUCACCAUCAUGGCCGCCAUUGUCUGUUACCUCCUUGCUCUGCAAUGGGGCGGUGUGACCAAGGCAUGGUCAAGUGCCGACGUGAUCGGCACGAUCGUGGGCUUUAUGCUCAUCACUGUGCUCUUUGUUGUGAUCGAAUGCAUCUGGGCCAAUAGUCUUUACGUGUUCUUCCUCUCCGGGGCGAUGUUUAUCCUCAUCUACUAUCUGCUCAUCCGUUUCUAA